UUUGUUGUUUGAGCAGUAUAUUUGAGCUAUGAAAUUGUUUCUGCUUAAGGACUGUUUGCUUAGGGUUUCUAUCACUGUACAUGUACUAGUGUGUGCUUCUACGUGUUAUUUGUUGUAAGAUUAGCUUACUUGAGAGGAAAUUCAGUGUUUUUCUUUUAUCGGUAGGAGUUAAGUUUUGUUGAAAAGCAAGAGAUAUUAACAUAUAUUUAUGUAAUUGCUUUUUUGAACUAUGUGUUAGGGUUUUGUUGUUGAAUGUAUGACUUCAGGGACAAUGAUGAAUGGUGAAAAUGGAGGAUCGGAAGAGCAGCAGAAUAUGACUGAAAGCAAAGUGUACAGACGGAAGUCGUUUAAAGGGUUAAAUAACAUAGGUGAUGGCUUACAACAUCCGCAUUCUGAAAUCCUAGGUAUGGAAGACGUCAAUUCAUCUCGAAAAAUAGUUGGUUUGCACUUAGAAGCGGCUUCAGAAGGCUCUUCGAGUCUGAAUCGUGCGCUAACAUUGGAGAAUACUGGAAUAUUCGCAGGUAGUGGUCAAGAAAAUAGUGCUAGAAUCAAUUUAACGUUCAAGUCCAAGCGGGAGAUGAGAGAGCUAAGAAGAAAGCUGCAGAAUGAAUUGGACUUGGUUAGGAGUUUGGUGAAGAAGAUUGAGGCAAAAAAUGUACAGAAGACUGGCCCUGGAAUUGAUAAGGAUAGUGGGGUGCAACGGGUACAUUCAGACGUGUCAAAAAUGGGGCAACAUCUUGAGUCCAGGCCUUUGAAUCAGUUAAGUGUAUCGGUUUUGGAGAACAGCCAUGGUGUGGGUGAGAAUGUGGAGAAAGAGAAGAGGACACCAAAGGUAAACCAAUUUUAUAGGAACUCAGAAUUUUUAUUAGCCAAGGACAAGAUUCCCCCAGCUGAAAGCAACAAGAAGUCGAAAUCAAAUGCAAAGAAAGUGAGUGGGCCAGAAUCAGGACCUGGUAUUGAGCUAGGGAAGUUCUCAAAUCAAAUGCUAAAGAAUUGUCGUGCUUUGCUUGAAAGAUUGAUGAAGCACAAGCAUGGUUGGGUGUUUAACCAGCCUGUUGAUACAGAAGGUCUUGGUUUACAUGACUAUUUUGACAUUAUUAAGAAUCCAAUGGACCUGGGAACUGUGAAGUCCAGGCUUGAGACUAAUCUGUACAAGUCUCAUAAAGAAUUUGCUGAGGAUGUGAGACUAACAUUUCAAAAUGCCAUGACGUAUAACCCAAAGGGCCAAGAUGUUUAUAUGAUGGCUGAGCAACUUUCCAAGAUAUUUGAGGAGAAAUGGCCCACUAUAGAGGCUGAUUAUAUGCGCGAGUUGAGAUUGUCAAUGGACUCUGAGGUGAGUUUGCAGACUCCUACAUCUAAGAAACCUCCACCAUUGCGGCCCUCUGGAAUGAGGAAGACUUUAGACAGAUCAGAAUCAAUGACCAGACCUGUUGGUUCCAAGACUAAAUCUGUCGCUGUCUCCCAAUCUGGAAGGACCCCUGCACCAAAGAAGCCGAAAGCAAAGGAUCCCAAUAAAAGGGAGAUGACAUAUGAUGAAAAGCAAAAGCUUAGCACAAGCCUACAGAAUUUGCCAUCUGAAAAGCUUGAAAAUGUUGUACAGAUCAUCAAAAAGAGGAAUUCAUCUCUUUGCCAACAGGAUGAUGAGAUUGAAGUGGAUAUUGACAGUGUUGAUACUGAGACCCUAUGGGAGCUUGACAGGUUUGUUAUCUAUUACAAAAAGAGCUUGAGCAAGAACAAAAGAAAAACUGAACUUGCAGAUCAAGAAAAAAAAGAAACCGAACAGAAUGUUCAGGAGAAGAAUGCUAACCCAGUUGUGGUAGAAAUUCCAAAAGAAAGCAAAGCAGAAGAGAAAGGUACUUCCUCCAAUCUUGCUCAACUAGAAAAUCAGGGGAAAAAUAUUAGUCAACCAGGCAGCUCUAGCACUGACUCUGUGUCAUCAUCAAGUGAUUCUGAUAGUGAGAGCUCCUCAGGAGGUGCAUCUGAUGCAGAACAUUCACCAAAAAGUUGACUCUGUUGUCCAGAUACAAUGUUCUCUUAUUUAAUGUCUUGUGAUUUCAAAAUCGCGAUCAUGCGUAUGUGGUCCUUCAAUCAAGAGGGUGCUGCUGCAGAUGGUUGUGGCAUAUGCUAGUGACUGGUCUCAAUUUGUAUAAUAGUAGCAUCUAGUUUGCAGCAGCUUAUGUAUAUUUUGCUUAUGGAGUACUGAUUUGUGCAGUUUGAAGUCAUUGUUUAGGUCACAUGGACCUGUGUACUCAGUGAGUGAUUGAAUCACUUGAAUGUGGUGCAACUUUUUUUUAUCUCUUCCUAACUUGUACUAGUUUUAGGUGCUCUGUGUAUAUAUAUCCUAUGCUUCAGUGACGUAAUAAAUUAAUUAGGACAAUUAUCUAA